GAAGCAGCGAGAACAUCAGAAUCCAGAGAAGCUCCUCGAUUCAGACGCGAAGCAGACCAGUUCAGACCACAGGGAGCCGAUUCAGCGAAUCAGACCGAACCGAACCGAAUCUGGAGUCGGAGCGAUCUGCGGUAACAGGUCUGUCUCUGCAUCAUGUGACCCUCCCGUCCCUGGCUCCGUCUGGACUCUGAUCAGCACGGUCCAUGAUGAUUAAUGGUCUGAUUCCUCCGGAGUUACACGCGCAGCUCCUGGACCUCCAGAACUAUCAGAGGCGGACCAGCGGCGUGGAGCAGCUGAAGCACAUCCUCCUGGAGCUGGAUCUGCAGCAGGUCUCCUCCGGCAGCGUCCUGGAGUUCAUACAGUUCUUACGCAGGCUCCUGGACGACAGCAACUUCAAGGUGUUGUGCGGCGCGCUGCAGCUCAUCAGCCUGCUGAUCCAGAAGCUGGAAGGCGAUGUGGAGCGCUACUAUGAGGAGAUCGUGAGCGUGACGGCGCGGGCGCUGGGUGACUCACGGAGCGUGACGCGGCACGAGUACAUGAACGUCUUCAGGCAGCUGAUGAGGAUGGUGGGGCCGCAGAAGGUCCUGGAUCUGCUGGUGGCUCAGCUCAAGCACAGGAACUCCAGGGUUCGAGAGGACGUCAUCAACAUCAUCACGGCUGCCGUGCUCACGCACCCGCGCAAGGACUUCGAUAUCCCCGGCCUGUGCGCGGAAGCGCCGGCGCUCGCCGACAGCAAGAAGAAGGUGCGUCACGCGGCUCUGGAGCUCUUCGCCGUCUUCGACUGCUGUCUGGACACGGGUAAGAAGCAGCCGCUCAUGAAGGCCGUGGAUCGGGUGGAGCUCGCCGGAGACGCCGAGGGCCUGAUGGCUGCUGUACAGGCGCGGCGCGCACGGCACGUCCUCCCUCGACUCUCCACCGACGGCACCGUCGAGUACGCGGAUCGCGCUCUUCUUCCCAGACCCGGACAGAGACGGACGCCUCAGCUGGGCUCCGGGGCCGAUCUGGACUGGGUUGCGAACGGAGGCCGGGGUCACAGCUCUCGCUCAGACGUGGAUCUGACGGAUAACACACCUCAGCAGAGGAGGAUGGUGAGCGCCGGGAAAGGGAAGAACAAACUGCCCUGGGAGAGAUCGGCUCUCUCUGAGGAGCUUCAGACCAAUGGAAAGACACCUGAUCAGCAUGUUAUCAGUGAAGAUCCGUCCUCAUCCACGAGACUCCGUCAGCACUCUGGAGCCAGAUACAGUCCAUCAGAACCUCUGCUGUCUCCACGCCGGACUCGCAGGUCUCUGGGUCGACUGCGCCGCAGCGGGAGUUUGGACUCGGAUCCAGACAUUUUCAAAGCGGCCAGUCCCUCUGAGUCUGAGAAAGGUUUGCUCAAGACGAGUCGGUUUCUGUCGGGCGGCGCUGAGCGAACCUUCUCCUUCCCGACUAACUCCACACCUCCGGGCUCGUUCCUGCUGCCCUCGUACCCGCUGACCGCGCUAACAGGGAGUCUGCUGACCCCCACCUUACCACACAGACACCACGCUGACCCCUCGCUGUCCAUGUCCAGCACAUGGCAUAACAAACCUGACAUCAGCCCUCACCGCAGGAGCGACGGCUCUGGUGAGGUGAGCUCCAGAAAGCGCUCUCCGGGGCCUCCUCGAGCUGUGCGGGCCUCAUCCGUCCGUCAGAGCCCCAACACCAGCAGACCCGCGUCACUGGACAAACACCUGGAUCUGACGGUCAGCAGCGGCGCAGGAGAGCCGGAGGACGAGACACUGGACCACGAGGAGAUGCUGAACUCCUUGCGCUCGUUGAGGAACAGCGCCGCUAAGAAACGGGCCAAAGUCAGCGCGAGCGGCUCUGAGGCGGAUCCAGACAGUCCAGACUCGGCGGUGAAGCUGGAGUUGGUUCCUGAUUCUCCGGAGCAGACGUCUCCAUCCGUCACCAGUCCUCUGAGCGAGAGCGGCCUGAGCAGCCUGUACUCGCCUCCGUCACCCAGCGGCACCAAGAGCAGCCCUGUGACCUCUGCUGUGAAACCACGAGUGUCAUCAGGAAGACGCGUCACAGCAGACGCCAGCGCUCGAGGUGUGUAUGUGAAGCACAGGAGCAUGCGUGAUGUCAGACGGUGUGUGUUACGUGUCCUCUGUGUGUGUUACAGGUUUGACAGCGGGAGACCAGCAGGAGAAGAAUCGUUAGAUCCAGACGAGGAGAAGCCCAGCGACAUGACAUCAUCAUCAUCAUCAUCAUCAUCAUCACCGCAGAUCAGAGCCACCGGCCGCCAGCCGCUCCGCGCUCUCAGAGACGCUAAAGGAUCUCAGCAGCGCGUGUCGUGCAGUCGUGACGUGUCGGAGGGCGUGAUCGGACGAGGUGAGUUCACCGCUGUUUUACUGACCGCUGAUCUAAAGCGCAGCCGCUCUCACCCCUCGCUCGUCUUCUUCCUCGUGUCUGCAGGAGUGUUCGGUUCGGCUGUGCUGCCCAGUCGUCUCAGUGUGGCGUCUUCUCCUGAGCAGUGCGACCCGGCCGGUAAAACACACGCCUUCACCAGCGCCCUCCUCGAGUCUGACGCCAGUCCUGACCCGGAGGAGUUGCCGGUCACUCAGGAGAGAGUCAGACUCUCCAGGAUCACGAGCGACAAAAUGCAUCAGCGGCGUCUGGAGCAGCAGGACACGCCCCCCGCUCCGGACCCAGUGAGACGCUGCGUGCUCAUCGAUGAUGUGAGAGACGCGAGUCUGAACGGAUGCGGGUCGCUCUCUGAUGAAUCUCCCUCCAGCCCGACCGGACCGCAGGAUCCAGUGAAGUGUCUAAGCCCCGCCCACCAGCCCGCCCCCCCGCCCAGCCUGCCCAAUAGGAACGCAGCACCACGGCUGAGACGAGUGUCUAGUGUGAACCGGAUCAGACCCCCUGCGAGACACAGCUCCGAUGAGCUGAUCUCUGGGAGUCUGAAGAAAGAGGGUCAGGAUCAGGCGGAGAAGAAGAUCGAGGGGAUGACCUUCCUGCGUAGCUUGGCUCAGUACCAUCCUGACGUCCUCAUGAGCAGGAUUCAUGACGUGUGUCUCGCUCUGGUUCAGGAGGUGCGUAACCUGCGCUCCGGCGUGUCCCGUGUGGCUGUGGUGACGCUGGGAGAGAUGUUCGCGGCGCUGCAGAAGGGAAUGGAUCAGGAGCUGGACGGGACGGUCAGAGCUCUGCUGCAGAAAGCUGGAGAAUGCAACGCCUUCAUCAGAAGGAACGUGGAGCGAGCGCUGGACAGCAUGGUGCAGCACUGCUCUCUCACACGCAGCAUGAGCGCGCUGCUCACCGGAGGACUCGGUCAUCUGAACUCAGUAGUGCGUAAGUGUGCGGCUCAGCGUCUCAGUGCUCUGAUGGAGCGGGUCGGAGCCGCUCGUCUGCUGUCUGGAGCUAAAGAUGUGACCGAGCGCAUCCUGCCGGCCGUCUGUAAGCUGGUGCAGGACUCGUCUCAGGAGGCCAGGUGAUACUUUGGUCGACAGAUGCUGCUGUUUUUGUCGUCUCACCGUGACUUUGAUAAAAUGCUGGAGAAGUUCAUCUCUGCUAAAGACCUGCCGGCCAUCAGAGACACCGUCUUCACUCUCAAAACCAAGGGUUUGGGGGAGAUGCCUCAGGACGCUCCGUCGGCGCGGGGCAGGCGCUCUCUCGCGGGGAGCGGGCUGCUGCGCACCUCGUCCCUCACACGUGAGCCUCUGAGCUCCAGCAGGGAUUGUGGGCAGGCGGUGAGUAAGGCGGUGGUUAAAAGCAGUCGUAGACAGGAUCGAGUACGUGAGACAGAGUUGGUGAAGCUGAUGAAGUCGAUGGUCUUCUGGGAGGGAUUCAGGGAGAUAAUCAAGGCCAUGUGUGAGUUGAUGUGUGACUGGGGUGUGGUCAUCAGCAGCCUGUUCCCGGUGUGUGACGCUCUGAAGGCGCGUCUGCAGGAGUCUAACAGUAAGGUGAACCUGCGGGCUCUGGAGGCUCUUCAGCUCAUCGUCGCUCUGCUCAGAGACAGUCUGGCUCCAGUGCUCAACAUCCUGAUCCCCGCCGUCGUGGACAAUCACCUCAACUCCAAGAACAGCAGCAUCUCCACGGCGGCGCUGGGGGCCGUUCAGGCUCUGAUGCACAACACGCUGCUCUGCUCAGAGACAAGACAACAGGCCUCCUGCUGCAAGCCCCUGCUGCUACAAAGCUCAGUAUCUGGAGCUGGCGGGAGGCGCAAAGCCAAGCUGGACACCUCAUCGGAGAGAGUCGCAGUUUCUUUACUUGGUCUUAAGAAGCUCUUGAAUGUAUCUUCAGCAGAGCCCAGUCAUAAUGUGUUAGUGUUGUUUCUCAGAGCUGGUGAGGGAGCUGUACCCGCGCAGGCCGCAGCUGGUGGAGCAGAAGGUCCUGCCGCUCCUCUGGACGCUGCUCCGCUCCUCCUGUAG